ACCCGAAAGCUUCUUAUGACUUAUUUCAAAUACUACUAACAUCCCCUUUCUCAAUAGGUAACGUCCUUCUUCCGCUAACCUCCUUUCGUCAUGGCUGAUCGUAUUCCCAGGAAUCGUCGCGAUCUCAAGCGCGAACGACACGCUAUUGCGAUCAAGAUCGAGCGAGAGGGUUACGAAGUCGCCAUGCCUUGCGAGCGUUGUUGGAAUGCGAAGCCGCGGAAGCGUUGUGUGAUGAUGGAGGGUUUGAACAAGUGCCAAAAUUGUGUUCGCAUGGGCAAGAAGUGCAGUAGUCCGAACGUUACGGAUGCCUAUAGGUUCCUUGUAGUUUUCCUUUGUAGUCUUGGGUUGCUGACUGUCUUAGUCCUUUCGAAUUUGUCGGAGCAGGAGAAGGUUUCGAAAGAGAUUGCCGAGACCGAGGCGCUGCUUGCUCAGAUGCUAAGCCGUUUGAGUCGAUUACGUCGUUUAUAGCAAUCCCUGCGCGAUCGUGGUGCCGAAGUUUUUCGUCGUGGCAUAGCUUGUCUGGAGGAAGAGGAAGAACCAGAUACUCCUUUGCCGAUGUCGGAGACAUAGAUCCUCACGGGUUAGGCUUAGGCGUUGGGUACUUUUGACGUGCUUGAUUAGGAGUCGAUCGGGUUGGAUCUUGGUCCUAAUUCUGGCGGGUUCCCCUCUUUUUUUGUCGGGGAAUGGGCUUUGGAGCCGGUUCUUGUGGCCGGUUAGGAUUCCGCCGGUGGAACUGCUCUAGCUUCUUAGGGUAAUUUAGGUUCUUAACUAGUUCCUAUGAGUUGUCUUCUGGUCCAAAAUCAAGC